AUGGCCUCGACCUCUAUUGCUGGCCCUGAGCCAGACGCAACCGAGGCAAAGCUAGACGAGCUCACCUCGAGCCCGCAAUCCCUUCACCGAGCUGUGCAUGCGCGACGAGCCGAAUACAUCCGCCCCCACCGCAUCCGGGUCAAGGUUGGCACGUGGAACGUGGCUGCAAAACCCGGUACUGACAAGGACUUGGAGAGAUGGUUUGUGUCAGGCAAGGGGAUCGACCAACGGCUCGCCUCAAUCGACUUGUCUCAUAAUCCAGCUGUGAUCAGGGAAGAUAGCAGCGUCGCUCUGGAGGACGAUCCCACCGCCGUCCGGCUCGUGGGAGGCAAAGAUAUCGGAUUGUACGUUCUGGGCCUCCAAGAGGUGGUCGACCUGAAUGCUGCCUCGCAGUACGUGGGUCGCGUCUAUGCCGACAGUGGCGCAAUGGACAAGUGGAAGUUGGCGAUCGAAGCUGCUCUACCUGAGGGGUACCAGCACAUUGCCUCGGAACAAAUGACGGGACUGCUGCUGCUGAUCUACGCCUCUCCCGAGGUCGCGCCUUCGAUCACCAACGUGAGCACCUGUCCCGUCGGCACAGGUUUUCUUGGCUAUCUCGGAAACAAGGGAUCGAUCGCGACGAGGAUCGUGCUUGGGGAGACCACAAGACUGUUGUUCCUCAAUUGCCAUCUUGCAAGUGGCACUGACUCAUCCUACGUUGAAAGACGCUGCUGGGAUGUGGCACAUAUUGUCAGUCGUACUCAAUUCGACCCUGUCACACAUCCCGGGGGUGUUCAAGAGGAAGAGCCGGAAAAGGUUGGCGAUGAAGACUUUGCCUUUUGGUUCGGAGACCUCAACUUCCGCCUAGAUGGCCUACCAGGAGAUGACAUCCGCCGGCUUCUGACGCUUCACACCAGCGGCGAGUACGGUGCCGGCCAGGAUGCCAAGAACGAUUCGCUUGGGGGCGAGGAUCCUAUCGUCUUGCGGUCAUCAGAAAGCAGCGACGAAUCAACGGACAAGAGAUCGGAAGUUUCACAGUCCACCAACAAGAGCACCGACGAAGAGUCGGAAACACUUCCAGAUCCAGAUGAAUUCCUGCCGGAUCCUUCCGAUGAUCCCGCUUCGCUACAAGCUACGCUAGAUUCUCUCCUCCCACAUGAUCAGCUGCGUCGGCUGAUGCACCAAGGCAAGGUAUUUCAGGAUGGAUGGCGCGAGGGCAAGGUCACCUUCCUCCCAUCGUACAAAUACGAUGUCGGCACGGUGGGCUUGUUCGAUUCAAGUGAGAAGCAGCGCGCCCCUAGCUGGUGCGAUCGCAUCCUCUACAGAACGCGGAAGGACAAAGAAGAAUACCAGAAACGGAAACUGGAGGAAGAGGAGGCGCGGAAGAAGGACGAAGAGAUGAAGGCACGCGGCAUGGAAGAGGCUGGGGACGACGACGAAGUGUUGUUCGACUACGAUCCAGACAAUGACGGCGAGAAUCCUACAAAGUCGAGCACGAGUCUUGAUUACGAUGAAUACGAUGAUGCAGAAGACGAAGAACCGGAAGAAGUGGUCACGAAAGAGGGCUUCGUGGAUCGGAUCCGUCUCGAUAUUUACACCUCGCAUCAGCGCAUCCAGUCGUCAGAUCACAAGCCGAUAAUUUCAAUAUUCACCCUCGAUUACGAUGCUGUGGUCCCUGAAAUGAAGGCAAAGGUACAUGCUGAAGUCGCCAAGGAACUGGACCGUGCUGAAAACGAAGGGAGGCCGGGCAUCACAAUUGUCGUUGACAAGCCUGAUCCCAAAGCCAACGAGCAUGGGUCAGAUCAGGCCGUCUAUUUCGGGGAUGUACGGUAUCUCCAAAAGAAAACAACCACAUUGACUCUUGCGAACACGGGCAGAGUGGCUGCAACGUUCUCGUUCGUCGAAAAGCCGAGUACAGAGGACUCCGACGGCCCCAAUGACCCCCAAUGGCUCACUCCCGCGUUCGCGCGGUCUGACCCUGAUGCCGUUGAGUCUGAUGCCAUCGAUCUCGGCAAAGAAGUCACUCUGGAGCCUGGUGAGACGGUGCAUGCGCUGCUGGAGGUCUGGGUUAACGAGCUGUCCCACGUGCGUAUGCUGAAUGACGGCCAGCUCAAGCUAGAAGACGUGCUCGUCCUCCGCGUGACAGAUGGGCGAGACCAUUUCAUCCCCGUCAGGGCGGCCUGGGUGCCUACCUGCAUGGGGAGAUCCAUCGACGAGUUAAUCCGGGUCCCCGAUGGAGGCAUACGGGCGUUCCUAACCUCCCGCCAGGAUGACGGUGCCCCCACAGGCUCCAUCCCGUACGACUUGCCCGUCCGCUGCGCCGCUCCCAAGGAACUCUUCAAGCUCACAGAGGCCGUGGAGACGCUCACGGAGCGCGUGGUCGCCGACGCGCAGAUGCUGGAGGACUGCCAGAUCCCGCAGGACAAGGCGGGCUGGCCGUUCGCGGACCGACUCAACAGCGUCGACCUGGAGCAGCUGAGCGCAGUCAUCGAGGCGCUGGACGAGGACAAGCACAUCACCGACGCGUUCGACCCGGAGACGCCCGCCCUCAGGAGGCUCGAGGCCGUCAGCGAGGCCCUCGUGCUCUUCCUCCGCGGCCUGACGGACGGCGUCGUCACGGUCCCGCUCUGGACGAGGAUUGAGCAGGCGACGCUCCCCUCGCUCGCCAAGGCGGCGGGCGACCCGGCCGCCGAGGACGACAAGCAGACCGUGCUCGACAUCCUGUCCUCGGCGCCGAACCACAACAUCGCGUUUGUCUUCCUGACGACCACCCUGGCCAAGAUCGUCGCGGAGCUCUCGCCGCUGAGCCAGGCCGACCUCGAGGCGACGAGGACGCCGUCGGCGGCGGGGCGCGGGGGCGCCGUCGGCGCUGCGCUGGGGAGCAUCGGGCGGCGGUCGUCGAGCUUCAAGGCCUCGUGGGCGGCGCUGGACCGGCGGCAGGCGCGCGAGAGGAGGUAUGCCGAGGUGUUUGGUGGGCUGGUCUGCCGGGCGGCGGGCGGGAGGCCCGAGAAGAGCAAGGAGGCCAAGGCGCUCGAGGACAGGCAGAGGGGUGUCUUGGAGCUGUUUCUCCGGCGGGCUAGGGAGGAGGGUGCGUGA